UUUUCUGUUUUUAUUUUUCUUUCUCUUUCUCUCUCUUCUUUCUCGCUGCUCUGUUUUCCCCUCACCUUGGCCAUCUCUAUAAUCCCCUUCGUGUGUGUAUAUAUAUAUCCACCUCCUGUGAUUAUCUUUGGUUUUUUUACCUAGAUUGAUUGUUAAAUCUCCCGAGGGAAUAGCAACUGAAAGGUGCAAUUCUCUAAAAACCCUAAAAUUUGUGUGUGUAGCCGGAAGGAUCAAAGUAUUCUAGGAUCAUUUGACAAUGGCGAAUCGAGGUCAAAAACGAUCAGACUGUGUUGAUGGAAUGCCUGCAGACAAGCGUGCCUGCAAUUCAAUGGAAUUCCGAGCUAGUGCUUCGACUUCAUCUGCUCCAAUUCCGGAAAACUCUGUUCAAGAAGCUCAGGAUGCUGAAAUGGAGACGUCAUCUUCAACGUCGGGGUCUAGAUCCGAGGGAGAUGUCGAGAAAGAAUCUGCAUACGGUUCAUGUGAUUCUGAUUACAGCAUCCAUGAUUACUACCGGCAGCGUGCGAUGGGCGAUCAUUCUAAGUUUAAGAAACUGCUCGUAAGAUUAACCGAGGAGGCCGAGGAAUCGGCGCAAUUGGCACUUCUCACUGAGCUUUGCGAGUUGUUGUCCUUUAGCAGCGAUGGUUCGUUACCGAGCGCAAUGGUUGAUUCAUUUUCUCCGGUACUUGUUCGGUUGGCGAGACACGAGACCAGUCCGGAUAUAAUGCUCUUGUCAAUAAGGGCUAUAACUUAUAUGUGCGAUAUCAAUCCACGAGCGCCGGGUUUUCUUGUGAGACACGAUGCAGUUCCUGCUCUCUGUAAAAUUUUAAUGGCGAUCGAAUAUUUGGAUGUGGCAGAGCAAUGUCUGCAAGCACUACUGAGAAUUUCGCAAGAGCAACCCCUUGCUUGCUUGCAGGCCGGUGCAAUAAUGGCUAUUCUAACUUAUAUUGAUUUCUUCUCGACAAGUAUUCAGAGGGUUGCACUUUCUGCUGUGGUCAAUAUAUGCAAGAAACUAUCGUCUGAUUCUCCUGCGCUGUUCAUGGAGGCAGUGCCUACUUUGUGUAAUCUUCUCCAAUACGAAGACAAACAGGUUGUUGAGAGUGCUGCCACUAGCCUUAUAAGAAUCGGGGAGCAAGCCUACGGCUCUUCGAACAUGCUGGAUGAGAUUUGUAAGCACGGGAUUGUUCAGCACACCAUACAUCUCAUAGGCUUAAAUAGUCGAACUACCCUUUGUGAGCCCACAUAUAUUGGACUGAUAGGAUUACUUGCCAAGUCUGCUCAUGGCUCUACGGUUGCUUUCAGAAGUCUUUUUGAGCUUGAUAUAAGCAGCACGGUAAAAGAUUUGCUGUCCACGUACACUCUGACAGAAGGAGCGCAAUCAACACAAGUGGUGGAGUGGCAACACAGUCAGAUACAUGAAGUCCUGAAGUUGUUGAAUGAGCUUCUCCCAGAAAUUACUGCUAAGCAGGAGGGUCAACAAAUGCCAGAAAAAGAAGCAUUUCUUGUAGAGAAUCCCGAUGUUCUGCACAAGUUUGGUGUUGAUCUACUUUCUAUUUUGAUUGAGGUGGUGAAUUCUGGUGUGAAUCUGUUUAUAUGUUGCGGCUGUCUGUCUGUUAUCAAUAAGUUGAUUCAUCUCAGCACACCCGACACACUCCAUAGUCUGCUACAAACUGCUAACCUCCCCAGCUUCUUAGCGGGCGUGUUUUGGAGGAAGGAUCAUCAUGUGAUAUCUUUGGUCCUUCAGAUUGUUGAUAAUAUAAUGCUCAAGCUUCCCGAUGUCUACAUAAACUCCUUUAUUAAAGAAGGCAUCCUUUUCUCCAUUCACGGGCUACUUUCUCCUGAUAAAGAUUUGAAACUCUCUCCAGUUUUAGAUGGCAUUAGGUUGGAAAAUGAUGUUACUCAAAGAUCUGCUGCUCGUGAUGUAUGUAGAUGCCCCUGCUUUGCAUUUGAUACAAACCAGUCUUCAAGGUCACUGGAAAAUCGGGUAUGCAAGCUUGAGGAACGCACGAUUCAGAAUUCUGCAAAGCGUAUUUGGGCUGCAUAUUUUGAAAAGGAAUCGGUGAAUCCUGAGAAAGGUGUGACUGAUGUUCUCCAGAAGCUUAGAACUUUAUCUGAUACAUUAACAUCUAUGGUGAAUCAGUCUGUGGAAGAUGCAACAUCUGGUGAUCGUGAGGCGGAGAUUUAUGAUCUUCUGAAUGAAAUAAUGUCUGCGCUUAAUGAAAAGGAUUCCAUCUCCAGUUUCGAGUUUGUGGAGAGUGGAAUUAUAAAAGCAAUAGUUAAUUACCUGUCAAACGGUGGCCAUCUUCUUGGACAGGAAAAUAUUGCUCCUAAUCAGUUGCGUGUCAUGGAGAAAAGGUUUGAGCUUUUUGGGCGGCUAUUGUUGUCUGGUGCAAACCCUGCUCGUGCAGAAUGUCCACUUCUCAUCCUAAUACAACGACUACAAAGUGCGCUGUCCUCGGUUGAAAGUUUUCCUGUUAUUUCCAACACAUCAAAGCGGAGGAAUUCUUAUGCUACCGUUCCGUAUGGACAUUGCACUUCAUACCCCUGUCUGAAGGUUCAGUUUCUGAGGGGAAAUGAAGAGUCUGGCUCGGAUUAUAUGGACGAUAUUGUCAGUGUUGACCCGUUUGUUCCUGUGGAAGAAAUCGAAGGGUAUCUUUGGCCAAGAUUGUGCAGGGAAAAAGCCAAGAAAUUGAUCUCAGAAUCACAUGCUUCAAAGGGGAAAGAUAGAUCGCGUUCCCAUUCUCCAUUAGAUUCAAGCAUUCCCCAAGAAAAGGUUGUCGAUGCUGUCACAACUGCAGAGAUGCUACUUGAUGCUCAUGAGCUGCAGGAAAGAGAAGUACAUUCUUCACCUCUUGCAGAGACAUGGUUUGCUUCAGAAAAUGUUACCGAUUCAUCUGAUGCAACUGAUAUUCAAACAGAAGAGCAUGAUCUUUCUCAAUGUGACCAUGGUGCAAAUGGCGAUUAUCAAGAAUGUAGUGAUAGUGGAGAUACUUCCGCAAGGCUGUUAUUCUAUUUGGAUGGUCAGCAACUGAAUCGUGGAUUGUCGUUAUAUCAGUCUAUUCUUAAACACAAAGCGCAAAUAGAACAUGGUAAUGCCAAUUUUAGUUUGUGGAAUCAUAUCUACAAAAUAACAUACAGAAGGCACGUGACGGCGAAACCAACUCUUGCCAAAGACGGUGAUGGUGCAUCUUCAUCUUCUCUUUCAUAUAAGAGAGCCACAUCCGGUUGGUACACUCCAGUUUUCUCUCAUAUGUUUGGUUCCAAAGUCGGCUUCGAGAAAAUGGAUCCAACACAUGAUAUACUAACUCUCAUGAGAUGCUUGGAUGAAAUAAAUCGUUCGAGAUUCCAUCUGGUAUCUCGUGAGAAGACUUGCGCAUUUGCACAAGGGAAAACAGAUGAUCUGGAUGGGUUAAAUGUUGUGGCGUGUGAGGUCCCCCAAACUGAAUUUGUCAACAAGAAGUUAACAGAAAAACUAGAACAGCAAAUGCGGGUACCUAUGGUCGUCUCAGUUGGGGCUAUGCCAGCAUGGUGCACCCAAUUAAUGGCUUGGUGCCCGUUCUUAUUCAGUUUCGAAGCUAGGUGCAAGUACUUUCAUCUGGCAGCAUUAGGCCAGCUGCAGAAUCAAACAAAUGCAGCGUCUCAUAGUAAUUCUGGAGGUUCGAACGGCAGGCAUCAUCAAAACAAUACUCCUCGCAGAAAGAUUUUGGUUCACCGAGACAAAAUACUAGAAUCUGCCGUCCAGAUGGUGCAAGUCAGUUCCCGUCAAAGCGUUGAAGUGGAAUAUAAUGAAGAGGUGGGUACUGGUCUUGGUCCGACAUUGGAAUUCUACACGUUGGUGUGCCGGGAGUUUCAGAAACGCAACUUGUGCAUGUGGAGAGACAACUCUCUCUCUCUUAAUGGGACAGCAGUUUCUGAAGCUGAGGAUUUAGGAUUGGUGUCUACUGUUGAGCUCUUCCCACGCCCAUGGUCGCCGUUGCUGAACACAUCAAGUAGCCCGGAAUAUUCCGAAGUGAUUAAAAGGUUCACACUCUUGGGGCAAGUAGUCGCCAAAGCUCUUCAGGAUGGUAGAGUUUUAGAUCUUCCUUUCUCAAGGGCUUUCUAUAAACUCAUUCUGGAGAAGGUGCUUACUCUGUACGACAUUCAGUCAUUUGAUCCUGCGUUUGGUAAGGCUCUUUCAGAGUUUCAGGCUGUUGUUGAGAGGAAGGAGUAUUUGAGGUCUCUUUGCGGUUCUGACAACCUCGACGUGUGCUUGCGGAACACAAAAAUUGAGGAUCUUUGUCUCGAUUUUACCCUCCCAGGAUAUCCAGAUUAUGCUCUAAUUUCCGAGUUUGAUUCAAAGAUGGUCAAUCUUUCUAAUUUAGAUGAAUAUGUCGCACUCAUGGUUGAUGCCAUGACAAAUUCGGGAAUUGCUAAGCAAGUGGAAGCAUUCAAGUCAGGUUUUGAUAAGGUUUUCCCCAUUCGACAUCUCAAGGUCUUCACAGAAGAGGAAUUAGAGCGUUUGCUAUGCGGCGAGCAUGUCUUGUUGAAUUCGGACAAGCUCUUGGAUCACAUCAAAUUCGACCAUGGAUACACAAUCAGCAGCCCUCCGAUCAUAAACUUACUGGCAAUCUUGAAAGAGUUCGAUCCAGCAAAGCAACGAGCAUUCUUGCAGUUUGUCACCGGCUCCCCCCGGCUUCCGGCUGGUGGUUUAGCUUCUCUCAACCCUAAACUCACAAUCGUUCGCAAGCAUUGUAGCAAUGGGAUCGAUGUCGACUUGCCAAGCGUCAUGACCUGCGCGAAUUACUUGAAGCUUCCGCCUUACUCUUCAAAAGUUCCACCCGUUCUUUUCUCCUCGACAUAUCAAUAUCAUGUUUCCUUUGCUCUUUUAGUUCGUCGACACGGCUGUUUCUGAAUGAAAAAUUGGUUCUUUUUUGCAGGACAUUAUGGAAGAGAAGCUCAUGUAUGCCAUUACCGAAGGGCAGGGGUCGUUCCACCUUUCGUAAUAGGUAUAGAUGAUGUUUAUAUUAAUGUGAAUACGGAUUUUAGAUUAUCUGGUGAUUGAUGUACAUAAGAUGGGGCUCGUAGCGUAACGGUAUCGUAGUCAGUCGAGUCGAAUCGAAUCGGAUGGAGGAGCUGAUUGGGAAUAUAUGCACAAGAGGAUGCUCUUUCGUCAUUGUUCAAUCUCAUUUAAUUAUAUAUUUUGGCUUAUGAUUUUCAGUUUCAGUCAGUUCUUCCUUUUGCUAAGAAUGUACAGUUAGCUCUCUUGAACCUUUUUAUCUGAAUUUCUAUUCUACUUUGGUGCUGGGAAUUUCAUGUUUUUUUUCUUUUAAUAGCAGUGGAAAUUCUGUGUUGAAUGUU